CCAAAACAUUGUGAGCGCACGUUGUUUUUAAUUUUAUAACCAACUUUUAGACUCUUAUGUACUAUUAACUUUGAUAUUUUCCGAACAUUGAAGAUGGUUAAAAGGGAUAAGACUAGUUCUAUAUCGGAAAAUGAUGAAUCAAUAACAAUUAAUGAAAAUGGCAAAAGACCGUUGGACACAGAAAACAAAGAUGGUCAAAAGAAAUUACGAAUCAGAGGUUUGUACAGACAACCAACUGUAGAGGAAUUAAAUCGCCUUCAAGAAACUGAGAAUUUAUUCAAUUCCAAUUUAUUCCGUCUUCAAAUAGACGAAAUACUCAAUGAAGUUAAGGUAAAGGAGAAAACCGUAAAGAGAUUUCAAGAAUGGUUCAAUACACUAAAGGAACAUUUAAAAACAAUUCCCGAAGGUGAUACGGAAUAUGAUUUGACAGAAGAUAAAAUUUACAAGCAUUUAGGUGUAAAAUCACCUGUUGGAAUAGAAUUAAAUAAAACAAAAUGUAUGUUUAAAUUUCACAAAUUUCAAGAUAUAAAUAUUGUUGGUUCUUAUGGUUUAGGCAACUCGAUUAAUUCCAAAUUAAUAAUUGACACUCAGAUUACAGUACCAAUGGAUACUUACACUAAAAAUGAUUCAAUAAAUUAUAGAUAUCAUAAGAAAAGAGCUGCAUAUUUAGCAUGUAUCGCAUCUCAUUUAAAAGAUCUGGAAAUUAUUGAAGAACUUAAAUAUAUGUACGUAAAUGACUGUCAUACUAAACCAAUGCUAGAAAUAAAGCCUUCUGGGAAAUUAAGUAACAUAUUGGUAGUCCGAAUGAAUUUAUCUUGUGACCCUGAAUCAUAUAAACUACACAGAUUCAGUCCAGUACGUAAUAACUUAAGAGAAUCAUGGUUAUUUGAUGACAAAGUAGAGAACUCUUCGGAUGUUGGACCUCCAACUCCGUACUAUAACAGUAGUAUCUUAAGUGACUUAACUAAUGCAUUAAAUCAAGAUUUCUUGAAUGAAACAUUUCUGAAUCGUGAUAAUUUGAAGCAAGCCGUGGUACUUUUGAAGAUUUGGCUCCGACAAAGAAAACUUCAAGUCUCCGGAUAUGUAAUAAGCGUGUUUGUUGCAUAUCUUGUGCAAAUAAAGAGAAUAAAUAAUAUUAUGAGCAGUUAUCAGAUUAUUAGGAAUGUCUGGAUAUAUAUAAAAUCGUCAGAGUUGGAUACGAAAGGCAUAUCGUUAUUCAAGGGUUCAGCGUCAGUACCUUCAAUAGAAGAAUUCCAUCAAAGUUUUCCAGUUGUGUUUAUUGAUAAAUCAGGAUUUUACAAUAUAUGUUGGGAUAUGCACAAAGGAACGUAUAAUGCGUUGAAGAGGGAAAGCGCAUUGGCUAUUGAAAUGCUGGAUAAUCCAAACAUAAAUAGCUUUAUACCAUUGUUCAUGACACCGAUGCAUGAAUUGUUGAAGUUUGAUCAUAUUAUAAGAUUCAAAAACCUCAAAUCUCUAAAUGAGAAAGUCUAUAACAAAGUACCCAGAUCAUCUCAAGUCAAUUAUGGUAUUCACCGGCUGGCUUUAGUAACUGAGACUGUAUAUUCUGUGCUCAGCCGAGGUCUGGGAGACCGAGCUGACCUGGUACUUCAGCUGGUGCAAGCUGAUCUAUCAUGGAGUGUCAAGAAAAGUGUGGAUAAAGUCAAACAGAAAUGUGAAGACAAAUUGUCUUUUGGUCUGGUAUUGAACUCGGAGAAUGUUAUCAAAAUUGUUGACAAAGGACCUCCGGCUAACCUACCUGAAUCUGAGGAAUUUAGGUCUUUCUGGGGCGAGAAGUCUGAGUUACGUCGUUUUCAAGAUGGGUCAAUAACCGAGGCGGUUGUGUGGGAGGCAGACAGUCGCGCACAAAGACGUGCGCUGCCCAAACAGAUUGUUAACUAUCUUUUGAACUUUAAAUAUGGUGUACCAUCAUCAGAAGUAUACCAGGUAAGCGACCAGCUGGAUCAGUUGGUGGUGAGCAAGUCAUCAGCUCAGUACAUAGAGGAGGGCAGUACGGAAGUGUUGCGCGCAUUCGAUGAGUUGCGCAGAGAUUUGCGCGCUCUCAACAAUCUGCCGCUAGAUGUCACUGCUAUGUACGGUACAUCAUCAGUAUUCAGUUACUGCAGGCCGGUGGUGUCUGUGUGUGCGGGGCGUGGCCUGACUCAACCACACCCACGUCGCCGCGCCGCCUCCGCACUGAUCAAGGACACGCCCAACGCUCGUCCCCCAGCGUACACACAACACAACACUGUUGUACUGGAAUUAGGUCACAGUGGGAAGUGGCCGGGCGACCUGCAAGCGUUCCGCUGCCUUAAGGCUGCGUUCCACCUGCAGAUAUCGGAGCGUCUCUCCCAGCAGUUCUCUCUCCCGGUGCAAGCGUACCCUACACACAUCGAUGUAUUGAAGAACGGCCUCGUCUUCCGACUGAAGAUAGCUCAUCCGAAGGAGAUCACUCUACUCCAGAGGGAGAUGGAGAACGGAGUGGUGAAGCACAGGGAGAGUGAGGAGGCGGUUAUGCUGCAGCGCGAGACUGUGCUGCUGCCCAGGGUCAGAGGAGCUCUGCACGGCUUACAUCAGAAGUAUCCAGCAUACGGUCCCGCAGCGUGCCUGAUGAAGCGCUGGCUGUCAGCCCAUCUCCUCUCACCCCCACACUUCCCCUCCAUCCUGGCAGACCUGGUGACAGCAGCGGUGUUCCUGCGUCCAGCACCACUGGAGCCCCCCGUACAACCGCUGGCCGGUUUCCUCAGAGCUCUAAGGAUACUGGUCGACACGGAUUGGUCCAGAGAGAUGAUUUUAUUGGACUUCAAUAAUGAUAUGUCACGCGAAGAAAUAACAGAAGUAGAACGUCAGUUCAACGAGACAGAUGAGAGAGGUGUUAUGUACAUAGUGACGUCAUAUGACGGCGACUUCCCCUCGAUAUGGAGUAGACAGGCGCCCACAAAGCAGGCGCUGCUCAGAGUUACCACUAUUGCCUCUGCUACUCUCAAUUAUUUAGAAAAAGCUUUAAUUGACGAAUAUAAAGAUAAUAUAUUGGGCGUGUUCGUGCCUUCUCUAUCCGGAUAUGACGCACUUAUUCAUCUGGCCACGCCCCUCGUGCCGCACACCUGCGAGCGUGUGGGCCACGCCCCCGAGCGCGCACACCACGCCCACAACAAUCGGAAUAAAGCUGAUGAUGUAUUAGAUGAUGUAGUGCCUGUCGUAGACUUCAACCCUGUUGCUAAAUACCUUCACGAGUUAAGGAGCGCGUACAGUGAAUUCGCGUUGUUUUUCAACGAUUGUUACGGCGGUGACGUGAUCGCGGUGUUGUGGCGACCUGAUAUCGACCGAUUAAAAGAUUUCCAGAUUGCAAAUGCGAAUGGUCUAAUGCCAGUGGAGACAGACGGCGAGACAAAAUACAAAGUGAACAAGCAAGCUUUGUUGCAAGACUUCAGGAUACUGGGCCGGGGACUUGUCCUAGAUAUUACAGUUACAUAAGAAAUGUUAUUUUAUUCAAAUAAAUAAACUUUA